AACUCCUAUAAAAGAGACGUGUCUCAAUCUUAUGUUGUGGUCUCAAGAAAAGUUGUUCCUACUUGCAUAGUAUCCAUGGCUACUGCUGCCAUUCCCUCUGUAAAUAAGGCAUGGGUCUACUCAGAUUACGGGAAAUCCUCCGAUGUGUUGAAGUUUGAUGAAAGUUUCCCAGUUCCGGAAGUCAAAGAAGAUGAGGUGCUGAUCAAGGUUGUUGCAGCUGCGCUCAACCCAAUCGAUUACAAGAAGAUACUUGGAUUGUUCAAAGAACAUAACCCUCCUCCACCUAAUGUUCCAGGACACGAUGUUGCUGGUGUUGUGGUAAAGGUGGGAAGCCAAGUUAAGAAAUUCAAGGUGGGUGAUGAGGUUUAUGGGGAUAUCUCUGAAAAGGUUAGGCCAGGACCCAGAAAGUUUGGAAGUUUGGCUGAGUACACAGCGGCGGGAGAGAACGUGUUGGCUCUGAAACCCAAGAAUCUGAAUUUCGUGGAAGCUGCUAGCCUUCCUCUGGCCAUUGAGACUGCGUAUGAAGGCUUUGAACGAGCUCAACUCUCUUCUGGUCAGUCCAUUCUUAUUCUAGGUGGUGCCGGUGGAGUUGGAAGCCUCGCUAUUCAGCUUGCGAAGCACGUGUUUGGAGCAUCGAGAGUGGCAGCUACAGCAAGCACUGCCAAACUAGACCUGUUAAGGAGCUUGGGUGCUGAUUUGGCCAUUGAUUACACUAAGGAGAAAUUUGAGGAGCUUCCUGAGAAAUUCGAUGUCGUUUACGAUACAGUCGGGGAAGGUGAACGAGCAUUGAAGGCAGUGAAAGAAGGUGGGAAAUCAUUCGCGAUUACAGUUCCAAUAGCUGCACCAACUGUCCUCUAUGGUCUGACUUCAACAGCAGCUACUUUGGAGAAGCUGAAACCUUACUUGGAGAGUGGCAAAGUAAAGCCAGUGCUCGAUCCCAAAACCCCAUUUCCAUUUUCAAAGACUCUGGAGGCGUUUGCCCACCUUGAAACUAAACAUGCUAUUGGCAAGAUUGUUGUGCAUCCUAUCCCAUGACUUUGAGAGCCCCUUACUCCUUUCCUUGAAUACUGCUAUGUGUGAAACUUAAAUGUUAUUGUUGUUUAAAUAAAGGGGUAAUCUUUUUAUAUGUAAAUUAAGAUGUUAAGCUUAAGGGCAUUGUCCGUAAAAUAUGUCUGCUAUGUGAUCUAGAAAUAAUUUUUGUUAUUUUCUUUCAAUUUAUGAUGUUCUUUUGAGGAUUCAAA